AGAGCCGUAGAGCGGCGCGGCGUGACUUUUGACUUCUCCCGAAACCCCCAAAGAGGCGAAGACCCAAACCCACCGACCGCCGCCUAGCCUUCCCCUCUCCCGCUCCCUCUCCGAUCACCGAGGUCGAACCCCGAGCCCCCGCCACCGUCCCGCAGCGGCACGAUGGUGACCGACGCUGCGGCGAUGGCCGUCGUGAGGGCGGCGCGGCCGGCCCUCCGCGGCGCCCACGACGGCGUCGCAUUCGCCGCCCACGCUGCCUUCCUCGCCGCCGGGUACUCGCUCUGCGCCGUCGGCCCUGCCGCGCUCGCCGACCCUUCGCCCUCAGGUGAUGAGGAGGUGGGGAUUGAUGGUUGGAACAGCAUGGAGAACUGUUAUGCCUUUUUGUACAGCAAGGAGGAGAAGGGCAAGAAGAAAAGGGUACUGGUGAAGUGUCUGGUGAUCGGUGAAGUACUUGCAAUUGAUGUCUUGGAUCUUGAGGCACAAGAUAAGAGCCCUUAUAAUAUCCAGAUUAAUGUGAAAGAUUUCUUUGUCGAAGAGCAGCCAAAGAAUUAUGGGGAUAUGUACAAGAAUUUUGCAAGCCUCAUUGAGACUGUGAACUCAAAUGUGUUGAGCAAAUUGGAUGGAGACAAUGCUGCUGCUGAGGCUGCUAAGAGCUCUGCUGCUGCUGCUGCUGCUGCCAAGAACUCUGAUGCUGAGAGAAGUUCAUCAAUACAGAGCUCUGAAGAUCCAGGUCCUAGAACUGCUGACCCUUCCGGCCUAAUUUAUCCUCCAAUAGCACCACUUGGUUCUGAUGAUCUCUACCCUGGACCUGGUGCGGGCUUCUACCCUCACAGUGGUAUUGGGAGCGGUGGCAGCAUGCUCAUUGGUCCCAAUGAUCCACGCUUCUUUCCUUCUAAUAAUCCCUUCAAUGCCCCGUUUGGUGGCCCUGGGAGUGUUCCACCAGGUGGCCGCUAUGAUCCAAUUGGCCCACCUGGUGUUCCAGGGUUUGAGCCAUCUAGCUUUGUUAGGCGUCCAAGGCGGCCUCCAGGCGGGAGCACCCACCCAGACCUCGAGUUCUUCCAGCAAGGCCCAGACUUCUGAGACUCACAUCGCACAGAGGCCGGACCUCGUCGUUCUACCCUCACGAAAUAACAUGGCAUGUUUAAAAUGCUGAGCCCUGAGCUAGAUAUCCCCGGCUUGGUGUGAUUGCAACUGCUGUAUCGCGGGUUAGUCCUAGUGCAGUUUGGCUGUAAAGAUGGAUGUGAACAUCUGUGUAUUUACCCUUAGUUCCAAACCAUCGUUUGUCAUAGCCUUAAAUGUAAUACACUUUUGUGUACAUAUCGGGUACCGGAAACUGAAAGCGAAACAUGUCGACAAGUAUUGCGAAA